AUGGAUACUCACUUCUUUGCCGGUUUGACCAAGUUCAAACUCGAUGCGGGCAAACAUCGGCGAGAUGAUGAUUUUGCUGAUCGGUUUAGCCACAACUUCACCACUCUCCUCUUAGUGAUUUUUACUCUUGUGGUUUCAGCUCGGCAGUAUAUUGGGAAGCCUAUUGCCUGCUGGGUGCCGACAGAAUUCACACGGGCUCAGGAGGAAUAUGCAGAGUCAGUGUGUUGGGUUACGAGCACGUACUUUCUUCCCACCAAGCAGAAGACGGUGCCAGAGUCCACACAAGAACGAGAUGAAAGAAAAAUUCUCUACUACCAGUGGGUACCUUUUGUGCUAAUGAUCCAGGCCUUUCUUUUCAAUCUGCCUUGCAUCAUUUGGCGACUUUUCAACUGGCAAUCCGGAAUUCACGUAAGAUUAGAAUCCUAA